UUACAAAGAAACUAAAAAAAAAUAUCUUUAAUUAGAAGAUCAAUUUAAAAAUUGAAAGAAAGAGAAUAUUAUAAUCGAUCUAUUCAGGCGAAACUAAAUUCAAGGUAACUCUUAGCUGAAAAUAGCAAUCAUAUCACUGGUUAACCAAAUUUUAAUAGUAUUUAAACUAAAGCCGUAGGACCACUUGAUUUUACAAUGCCUUCAAAAAGGAAUAUUGGUCACAUUCGUCGUGCUAAGGUAGUUGAGGAUGAUUCAGACUCGGAAGAUGCUCCAGAAAUUAAUUCAGACGGCAUAAUUACAUUUGUGGACGAGGAAGUACCACGUGUUAGUGCACAGCUUAAUGAAGCAACCUUGAAUACAAGUUGCAAUAGCCAAAGUCAAGUCGCUGUGUCAUUAGCCGAUAUAGAAAUGUUUCACCCAACACUACAAAUUUUAGAAGAAAAUCAACGCAUUCAUAAUAUGUGGCAAGGAUUUUUUAACCAAGGUGCUGUGGAAUUGAGAAGAGUGAUUGACAAUCAUUGCGCCGGGAGAAGAAGACGUAUCGCUCAGAGAAGUAGUUCCAUACGAACACUUUGCAUGUCUCCCAUUGAUUUCAAUCUUCCGCAAAUACCAUUGUGGCAAGAAUUCGGUUUUUUUCAAAAACGUGGAAAAAAGAAGGUGCGUGAAUAUGAAGACUUUUAUGAUAAGAAGCAAAAUAUGGGCAGGAAGGUUCACAUCGAGAUAAUAAAACUUGAUGAGAAACCACCACACACACACACACACACAAACGAUGUUAAAAUCCCGUCUAAAAGUCCAAAACCUCAGGGUAAACUCUUUUCUGAUUCGGAAUCUGAGUCCGAAUGGUCUACGGAUACGGAAGUUGAUAAAUAAAUUUUUUAAAUUACAAAUCGCUUUUCCACGAGUGUGAAUUAAGUUGCGUAUUAAAACAAAUUAUUAACUAUAUUUUGCUAAAAGACAAUAAAAAAAAUA